UUGACGCUUUCAAAAAUUACGAAAAUAUGUCGGCGUCGUCAUCUCAUCAAAAUCGGCGGAAAUCUGUGACUUGGGAAAUAUUCCGGCGGCUGUCGGCAAACCAUGUUCCAGAAACGACAGGACUCGUUGAGAUGGACAAGCUCCUUGCGGACCGGGAGCAGCGGCCGUCGGAACCUAGGCCCCAUAUGCUCAAGCGCUUCUUCGCCUCCGUCCCGGAAGCAGACCACAAAUACAUGCCGGUGCCAAAAUCGUUUAGAAAAGCGCAAAACAAACCAAUGCAAAAAGGUUACUUCGCUCGUGCAUUAGAUGUUAUCUACAAACGAGUUCCCAUAAUUGAGUUCAUAAAGACCUACGACAUAAAGAAAAAUGCCGUUGCGGACUUAGUAGCUGGUUUGGCUGUGACGGGUUUGCACUUUCCGCAAGGCCUGGCCUAUGCCAUCCUUGCUGGGCUACCCCCUGGGAUUGGAAUGGUCUCGACGAUUCUGCCCGUUCUGAUCUACAUGAUAUUUGGAUCCUCACCCCAUACUUCUGUAGGCACGAACGCCAUAACGUCGAUCAUGAUUGGUGACAUGCUUCUUGAGCCGAGCAUGAAGGCUAGUAUGUUAGUCGCGUCGUUAGGCGGGUCGCCUGAUGUACAGCUUGUUAUUAACAAUUCGUUUGACACGACCGUUGGCACGAACAUUUCAGAAGCUUCAUACACUGUAAGCCCAGAGUCUACAAAUGGGUACAUGGACCAAAGGAUUGCGCUUGUUUCCGGAGCAACAUUGUAUUGCGGUAUAAUCUUCCUCGUGAUGGCUAUUUUCCGCAUGGGCUUCCUGGUGACAUACUUGUCACAAUCUUUUAUGAGCGGUUUUACUACGGGAGUAGCCGUUCACAUCUUUAGUAGCCAGAUAGCGACAGCUCUUGGCUUGAAACUGCCACCAAGCGAAGGUUUUGGAAAACUGGUGAAAUUGUACUACAAUGUUUUUGCACAUAUUACAUCAGUUCACGUUCCGGAUCUGGUGGUGUCCCUCAUAUGCGUGGCAAUUUUGAUUGCUGUCAAAAUAGGUAUAAACGAAAAAUGUAAAUUACGAAUUCCUAUUCCCAUUGACUUCAUUUUACUUGUGGUGGUAACAAUUAUUUCCUAUUUUGCGCAACUGCCAUCGACAUUCGAUGUGAAAUCGAUAGGAGUCGUUGAAAUCGGUUUCCACGUGCCAGUUAUGCCGGCCGUAUUUCCGUUCGGUCCGUUGAUGCUGUACGCACUGCAGAUAUCUUUGGUAACGUUCUUUUUGAACAUAUCGGUUGUAAAAAUUAUCGCCAGACGGAACGGAUACGAACUUAACGAGAACAUUGAGCUCAAUGCCUACGGAAUGUGUAACAUAAUUCCCGCAUUCUUUUCCAUUCUUCCUGCCAGUGUUGCUCCACCAAGAGCCUCUUUGUUGUCCAGUAUGGGAGCAAAAUCAACAAUGAACGGUUUAUCCACAUUCGGAAUAAUGCUGGCUUUAGUAUUCUACUUUGGUCAAUUUUUUCAAUCCUGUCCGAAAGCUGUGUUGGCAUCAAUGAUAAUGGUCGCUAUGAAAGAUUUGCUAAAGCAGGUCACCUGUCUGCCAAAAUUAUGGAAAGUCAAUAAAAACGAUUUCACCACCUGGAUAUUCGCAGCCGUCGCGUGCAUUUUCAUAGACAUUCCGUACGGGCUCGCUCUAGGCGUGCUGGUUUCUCUUCUGUCGGUGGUCAAUCAGAGCCAGCGAGGCUGGGUGUCAAUCCUUGGUAAGUCUGACUCAGAGGACGUUUACAUGGACUCGGAGCUUUAUGGAGCCAUCCACGAACUGCCGAGGAUCAAGAUUGUUCGCAUGGAGGCUUCGCUGUACUUCGCCACGGCCGAGCAGUUCCGCAAGAACAUCUACAAGAUAAUUGAGCAAGACGCGGAAAAGUAUGGCGAUGAAUCAGAGGAAGAGCCUAAACCGGAAAAUAACACACCGCGCACGAAAAGUGCGGUUACUUUGGAUCACCUUGCCAAUCAUAUGUUAAAUGGUGGUAUAGACGAGAGCGUGGAAGAAGUAAUUAACGGUGACGGAGAGACGCAGAAACUGAAAAAUGGUAACGCAGACCACGGAGCCGAUGAUGACGCGGAUGACGAUUCCGACCAGUUCAGCACAAAGAUCCUUAUCAUAGAUUGCAUACCGUUUAAUUUCAUCGACUGUACCGGUCUUGACAUGCUGAAGCUGGUCAUAUUUGAGCUGAAGUGUGUUAAUAUCGAGGUCUACCUUGCGAGGUGCUCUAAGUACAUGCUGCGGAUGCUGGAAGUGUCGGACGCGUACGACGGAUUUCCCAGGGAGAACGUUUUCAUUGACCUCCCGGACGCCGUGGAGCAGGCGAGGAAAAUGGUGGAAGGGAAACGCUAUCGGCCACACCAUGUGCACCAUAUCGUUGAAAUGCACAAUGAAAGGCGCCAUAUGUCGCUGCAUCAGAUAGACACAGAAUAUGACGAGUUCAUAAAAAGGAAAAGCAUUUUCACUCAUCUGGCGUAAACAUUUAUUUGGGAAUAAUAAGAACACGUCGUUUUAUUAUAUUA